AUGAUUACAAGCUGCCUAAGCGAAUGCUUCGUGCAGAGUGUUGGCAACAACCGUAAGGAGACGAUAGCUUUCCUCCAGCAACUACAUACCAUUAUUAUCGUGAUCCCAUCCCCAUACCCCGACUUUACUGGCUUCACUGAGAUGAUGGAACAAGAUUGGGAAGGUGUCCACCGUGCAGAACCCAAAUUUCAACUGAUCUCUACCGUUACGACCGUGGGAAUAUCUUGGCAGAAGCUUGAUUCGCUCAGUCUGACUACGUUCGAUCGUGCUACUAGCACCUUUGAUCACGCAUCCGUUUCUCAAUCCAACGUUUUAUCGGCGCUUGCUACUUUGGGUGACCAGGUCCAAGCGUCUCAAGUAUAUAAAUUGAGUAUGGGCCAUUGGCGUCAAAGGCAUACUGGGAUGCUUUUUCUUCGCUUCAUCUCGCUGUUCCACCUCGUUUUUCUCAUUGAUAUCAGCGUCGCGCCCCUGGUUCAAGCAGGCCUCCCAACUCGAAACGACGGUAUUCACCUCGCCGUACAUCCACGCUGUGGACCUCUCUCCGGGAACACGACAAAUGUCAAUGGUGGUAUCAGCCCUUGGACCCUUGAGACCAUUGUUGCAUUUGGGGUUCCAACCUUACUCUAUGUGUCGAGCCAAACAAAUCUCAUUCGGAAUACCAAGCAAUCGGGAGCAUGCACGGACCUCUCAUUAUGGCCCAGUAAUCCAAAGAAGGUCGAUUUCCUGGGACAGAUGGAGACUUUCCUGGGUCAAUCCAAUAACCUUGACCCUGAAACCACGCUCUACGCUAUCUUCUUCGGCAUCAACGACUACCUCGCAUCCCUCACUCAAGUAAUCCUCGACCAAAUCAAAAUACUUUCCAGCCCACCCACCAAUGCUCGCUUAUUCUUGGUCGCUGACGUCUACGGUCGCGGAACCUCUUCAGGCCCAGGAGAGGCUUACAAACAGGCCGUGAUCAGUGGAUUGAAUGAAUUACAUGAUCCUCCAAUGAACUUGAAGGUUUCCUACGUCGAUUUUUCAGCCAUAUGGUCUGGAGUUCUGGGUUCUAAUCCAGGAUACAUAGCCUUUGGGUACACGAGCACAGAUGCAUGUAAUGCGAUGUGCGACGAUCCAGAACACUAUUUCUAUUGGAUUCCUGGCCAUCCUUCAAAAGAGACCAUGAGAAUCAUGGCUGAUUUUGUUGAAGAGUCAGAAGUUAAGGCACGCAGUAUGAUGAAACCGUGGUCGGUCGCCGCUCAGCCUUUACAUGCACAAUAUCUACCUACUCCAAACCCGCUCUCUUCAGAGGGCCCGGGCUUCUACCCGUGA